UUGAUCGAUAGGAACAAAAACCAGGACCCACAAUGGCCCUUGAUGCCUGUUGUGGACACCCUUGAUCUACACCAAACUCAUCCAUGUCUUUUCCUUACUUUGCACAUUGGUGCAUAGUCAUUUUGGACACGCAUUACCCUAACUGAUCGCACAACAUUGCAUUGUCUCAAACUUGCCAAAAUAUUGGUCCAAUGAAAGAACACAAUUCUAAACCUGCACCUUUGUUCGAACAGUUUGGUGAUAGUAUGUUUUGAUUAGGCUAGAGACUGUCUUUCUGAUCUGGCAACCCUGUGGUGCAGCGCGUCGUGCCUGAUCUCCAUACUUGAGCGUCGAUGUGCACUGAGCUUAAAACAGUAACAAUUAUUUAUUUCUUUUGGACUAGUCCACAGGCCGGUGGUUGGGGACCACUGCACUAAAGUGUUGGUCAUGUCUUGAUCUCGGUGAGUUCAGGUCUCAGGCAUAUCUUGGUCCUGUGUAGUGUGGUCUUGAGCACAACACUGGUUUACAUAAAGAUGCAUGAAAACACACAUAAGUGUGUUGUGGUAUGAAUACAGUUAAAUGAAUGCUUCCCAAGGGAAGAGGAAGAUUGUAUUUUGGAUGAAAAGGAUGUCUGAAUGAAAGAGGGGAAACUCACGAGAAAAGUGUUGAGAGAUCUUGAGGUUUCUUGUUCUUAUACAAUUUGUGAGAUAUUGUUAAAGGGAUCCACGGAUAGAAAGGCUUGUUGUUCUUAAUAGAUAAACGUCAUCAUGAGUUAAAAUUUGAUAUUGAAACCCCUCGUGAUGUUUUCGUUGUCAUACAAUUUCUAAAAUCAGUUUACCUAGUCGGUCGCCAUUGUUGUUGAUGUCGCAUAGCGGUGACGUCACAUGGUUACGCUUCCAGAAUAUGACUGUAGCGACAUAAACAGGUCAUCUUUUCAACCCUUUCAAUUUGAACCAGAGAGGAACGUUAAUUAGCAUGACAGCACUGUCGAUAUUUCAUGAAACGAGUAGCAAAAGUAAAAUAAACAUGAAAGACUAGAUGAGAGUAGGACAAAACCGGUGCUUUGCCAAAAUGAACUACACCGGCGAAAUGUCCUACAAGAGACAAAUUUGACACCCAAAGUACUACCGGUCGCUUUCGGCUUGUUUUGUUUAGAUGCAUACAGACGGAAUUAUGCAUCUGAAUACGGCGCAUACAUUGCGCGCAUAAAACAUAGCACCCUCCAUAGGUCAAAACAUGUACUAAAUAUUAUAGCAAUAUUUUAUGUGUUUUUAAUAGCAUAUUUCAGUAAAAGAGAACAAUUGUGGCUUAUUAGAGCCUAUAAGUCUUUAAUUCCGAGGUUCGCUUUAAUAUUUAUAAUAACUGUAUGUAUAUAUAGCAUUGGGAAAACAUUUUUUUGAGGGACAGACUAAUGGCUCGGAGCCUCAGGUGAAGCUGUGAGUAGAGGAGUCCGACAGUGAGCAAAAGGCUCAGAAACCAAGAGGGUGGGUGUGUGCACUUGCGUGUGCACGUAUUUUUGCGUGCGUGUACGGAGAGAGAUGUGAGUGUGCGAGUGAGAAAGACUGUGUAGAGAGGGAGAGAGGGAAGUGUAAGCCAGUCACAGCAUCUCUCUUUCUUACUGCACCAGGGCUGAGGGACUCUUCAUCCCAUUGUUUCGCUAGCUGCAGAAAUAGCACCAUUCCAUCUGCGUAGUCAUCAUUUUUUAAUUUGCUUUUUACUUACUGUAUUGAGCUCCAUCUUUGUCUUUGUGCCAACUACAAAGGAUUUACACAUGGGUUCGCCUGUUCCGGAAUUACUGGGUACGUUUUCCAGAGGACAGUGCUUAAAAGUGGGAUUUUGAAUGGGACUUAUAAACCUUUUAAACCUUUUUUUGUUUGCAUCCUGAGUGGAUUCUCCCUUGUGCACAAGUGGGUAGUUUUUUUUUUUUUUUUUUUUUUUUUUGUCCAUGCUGAGAGAAGAGUUAAAGGAAAGCCUCUGCUGGACUACAUCCUACUACAAGUAACAAGAACGCUUGCUUUAAAAGGCAAAGGCAGGUUACAAAAUCCUUGGUCCCAAUAAACACUGGAAGAAAGUGGGCUGAAUCUUCCAUUUUAUGUGCUUCAGAUUAGCAACACAAGAAUUUAAAUCAAGAGUUUAUGAGAUGAAAAAGGUCGUUGGCGAAUUGUCUCUACACCUGCUCUCUGUGUGCCGCUGAAUUGCUGAGGAGUCAAAGUGAGUGGAGCGCUGAGUUAUUCAGCUGGCCUCUCAUCGCUCCUAGAGAGUCUGUUCACCUACCUGCAAGGGAGUCGAACAUUUCAUUCCUUCAUCAGAGCCUAAAAUUUUUUUGGGUGUACAUCUUUUGUCUUCAAAGUCCAGAACCUAAAACGCACAUUUUGCACUCUUGGAUUUAUAAAACUUGCAUUUCCGGAACCCAUAGGUGAAAAGACAGUGUACAACAUUUUGGAAGUGCUUUCUUAUGCACAUGGAUAUCUUGACACGGCCCUCCAAAGCCCUGUGUGCGCCGAGAGAAUUGUGACAUUAUCUCCUGUGGAGAUCCCCAUGUUUUUUUAGCCUGUGUCUGUGUUUUGACUCUCACAAUGGUUAGACAUACAUGAGCUCUAGACACUGACAGGAGGACCACCAAAAUAAGAGAAGCUUGCUGUUAAAUUACAAACACAGCAAACCCGUUGCACAAUGAAACUUAUGAGUUUAUUCAAGAUGUGAGCGACACACGAAUGUUGUUUUUUGGGCAGCAAGACUCCCAGGAGGGGAUAUCCACUCACCAAGAAAUUAUUGUAUUAAAUAAAAUGGCAACUCUGCUUAGCCAUUUUAAUUUUAUCUUUUUGUAAUAAAUAGCAGCCAAUAUGUUCCAUACAUAUUUAAUUUCUUCAGGGAAUCUGCAAAGACUGUCAAACAUUUUGUUUAAUACAUUAAGCAGUUUCUAAGACCUCUUCCCUUGGAACCUCUUAUCUCUGUCUUUGUGCAAACAUCUUGUGCCCUUAGCCUCUUGGUGUUAGCCCUUUUAAAACUGGGUGAUAAAGCCCACAUGGUGGCAAGCAAAGCUGCGUGAACCUCACCUUAAUGACAGAUGCUCGCUUCACCUCGAAUUCUAUGCUGCAUGUGGUGUAGGUUUUUCCCUCACAACUCUUUAAAGCAUCGCCCCUCUUUCAUAAACCAUGCUGUGCCAGUGGAAAAGAAGGGCAUCAUCCUAUCCCUUCAAAAGCCCCAACGAUUUUUCUCCUGUCAGUGUUCCCUUGAUUGAGACUCAUCAAUGUAAGAGUCAGGUGAAGGAGAGCAAGGGUGGUGUAUUAAGCUCUAUUAAGUGAAGGUGGCUACAGGGCCCUGGAGAAGAGUGGGAGAGGAAUAGGCAAUUUGCAGGUUCAUGCUGUUGCCUUAUGGAAGUUACACCAUAGACUAGGAUUACAACCCAGAACAAUGAAUCUGUCUGACACGACGACUGACCCGAUGCUCACACUGAAUAGCAGUCAUGGAGACGUAUUUUCCAGCAGUGCUUCAAACCACUCCUGUCCCUUAGGCUGGGGGCUAACAAAAGGCUUGGAGGCUUGCAUCCUGGAAACUGCUGUUGUUGUACUCCUGACAGUGCUGAUUAUUGCUGGUAAUUUGACAGUGAUCUUCGUAUUCCACUGUGCCCCACUGCUGCAUCACUACAACACCAGCUACUUCAUCCAGACCAUGGCGUACGCAGACCUUCUAGUAGGUCUGAGCUGCUUAGUGCCAACCCUGUCUCUCCUACACUACCCGGCAAGUGUCCAGGAGCCAAUCACCUGUCAAGUUUUCAGCUAUAUCAUCUCUGUUCUCAAAAGUGUUUCAAUGGCCUGUUUGGCAUGUAUUAGUGUGGACCGCUAUUUGGCUAUAACUAAACCACUAUCUUACAACCAACUGGUAACGCCAUGCCGGCUACGAGGCUGCAUCACUCUCAUAUGGGUUUACUCCAGCCUAGUCUUCUUGCCCUCCUUCUUUGGUUGGGGCAAGCCUGGCUAUCAUGGGGACAUUUUUGAAUGGUGUGCGCAUUCUUGGCCAACCUCAGCCAUCUUUACAGGCUUUGUUGUAUGUUUGCUGUAUGCACCUGCUGCACUUGUGGUCUGUUUUACCUACUACCACAUCUUUCGCAUUUGCCAGCAGCACAAUAGGGAGAUCAGUGAACGACGGGCACGUUUUCCAAGUCAAGAGAUGGAAACUGUUGAAGGGGAUCGGGAUGGGCAUCAAGGAGGACAUGGACCGGAUCGGCGGUACGCGAUGGUGCUCUUCCGAAUUACAAGUGUUUUCUAUAUGCUCUGGCUACCCUACAUUAUAUACUUUGUGUUGGAAAGCUCCCAUGUCCUGGACAGCCCAGCUCUUUCCUUCAUUACCACUUGGCUUGCAAUUAGCAACAGUUUUUGCAACUGUCUCAUCUACAGCCUGUCCAAUAGUGUGUUUCGCUUGGGCAUGCGCAGGCUCUCACAGACAAUUUGCUCCUUCAGUCACUGUGCUGCUGAUGACAGGGACCUUGGGAAGCCUAAACCCAGACAACGGGCAAACUCCUGCUCCAUCUGAAUAUGUGACUUUUUAAAGUAUUAAGACAUGCUCUGGACAUUUCAAACCACAUACAGUACAUCUUUUUUUUUUUUUUUUUUUUUUAUUCCAAAGAGUAAAAACAAAACAAAAUAAGGUGUUUUUAACUUGUGAUGAUACCAAACCCUUGAAGAUGCUUUAAAUUUUGAGUUUAUCGAGUGUGAAUUAUUUACAGUGAAAAACAUUUUCAAUUAAACGCAGAGAAUGCUUUACCUCUGUCUCAUAGCAUAGCUUCUUUAUGCUACUGACUUUUUUUCCAGAAAUUUUUAGAAUUGAUCACUACAUCAAAAUUACAAUUUUGUUGAAAUUGGCUUUGAAAAAUCCCUUCCCAACAGGUCUACUCAGAGGCAUUCAGAGGUUGUUAAUGACUAUUGAUCUGUUGGCAGCUAUAAUAGUGUUUUUACUUUUCUAAAUUGAUGUAAUAUUUUAAGGAACUGCUGUUGAAACUCAUCACGAUAUCUGUCACAUCAUUGAAGCCACUAUAACAUCUUACUUAUACAUUUUACAAACAACAAAUGUUUCACUUGUUGGAUAUUUUGAAGUAUGCAAAUGCAGCUGUUUAUGCAAACAGAUACCCCAAAAAACUUGCAAAUAUCACUCAGUUCAAUCCUAAGAAAACAAAAAUCAAUGCCCUGAGACUUUGACAAAUAUGCUCCUGAGAUAUUUAUUUUUUGUUGUGAUUCUCACAAUUAUGUUCUUAAACACAGUAUACUCUUUAUUCAUAUUUUGAUUACCAAAGAUGGGCAGUCAACAACAUUUGGCAAAUGAUAGUCAAACUUUGUAAUAAUCUGAACUACAAAUAGUUGAAAUUUUAAUGCUUUUCCCUGGGAAAAGAAUAUUCCCAAACAAUACUUCUCUUGGUAUUUAAACAUUCAAAUCCUUGUAUCCAUCAAUUUGGUUCACUUGUCCUCACUAGCGUCGUGGGGACGGAAUAUCUACUGAUUCUGAGACUGCUACCAAAACUCUUUGUCUUUGUCUUCAAAAGCAGUCAUAAUUAUUGUUAGGAAUUUUGAAUAUUUCAACGUUUGAAAACAGUGACACCUCCUCCUGUUGUGCAGAAGCUGUACAUACAGUAUGCACCAGUCUGUGUUGUGGGCAUACAAUCUGUACUGAAUCAUCAUAUUUGAACAUGACCAUUCUUCUCUUUCUGUUCAAAAUGGUCCAGGACUCAAAUUAAUUCUUCCAUUAUUUAGCAUUAGAGUGCUAUUAAUGUGCCAUUUUCAUGUUGAUGCCAAACUCUGAAAUUCAUUCUGUAUUAGUUGUUGUUGGAAUUGCUAUUUCAAGAAGUCGCCCAUAAAAGAUUUGUAUAGAGCUGUCAUUGGAGGACAAAUUAUUUGAACAUGUCGAUGUUUUGUCCACUUGUUUUAUUCACACUUAAGGCUACAUUGUUUUUUUGUUUUUGUUUGGUCAUCAUACAUAUUUUUUGCUAAAAUGAGACGAUUGUACAAUUAAUAUCAUAUUGUGGAUUUCUUCUGCUUCAUCCAAAACUCCUAUUCGGUGAGAAGUGACCCUUGACAUUUCCCAGUUUUACCCCUUAGCCCUUGGUUUUGCGUGUUUAAGACACUGAAGGGGUAUCCUAGUUCUGUGUGAAGAUUACGCCAUUUAACUUUACAGUCCACUCUGAUGUGUCCAAAGCCAUGACAGUACUGUUAAUGUCAUACUGACUGAUCCUUAUAAUGAUUUGUUUUUACUGAUUAGUUUGCUAAUAACAUAGUAUAGUUUGAAAAUUUCAAAUCUGUAAAAUUACGUAAGACCAAUUACUUAUUAUAGCAGGCUAAACAGUAGUAGGAGUCCUAUUCGGCACAGGAGAUUUAAGUACUGUAGUUCCAUUAUCAGAGUUGGUAUUCUGCCUUUAAGUGGGUAUAUGUUAAAUUGUCUGAUGUCAGAACUGUAUCUUCAAAAAUAUACAUAAAUAGACCUAGUCUAGAUUUUGUGGCAUCUGUGGCAACAUGGCAUACCUGAGGAAUACCAGUUGAUUAACACAGAAUAGCUGUGUUAAAUGUUAUCUUCUCUGUUGAUGAAUUUUGAUCAAAUGUGCUCAGAAAACGGUGAUAGUGCUAUGGAGUAGAUCAUUUACUGGGCCUGGAUUUUGUUUACAGUUAUGGUAACAACAAAGUAAGAUUUGUCCAGAACUUCUGCGACUUAGUUGUUACUAAAUAUUAUACAAUUCGAAACGUGCUUGUCCAACUGGAUAUUCAGUAUUUGGUAAAAGGGUUCCUGAAUUAUGAUUGUUGUGACUUUUAAAGGGUAAUGUGAAUUUGUGUGUUUGGCUAACAGUUUAAAACAUUCAGGGCCCUUUUAAUUCACAGUUGAAAGCAAUGUCUGUAUUUAAAAAAUCCAUUAGGAAAUCCAAGCAAUUUAAAGUGCAAAAAUGUUAUUUUGGAAUUGUUAAAUUCAGUAUUUAUUUAAAAAACCAUAUGUGUAAACAACAAUCUGUAAAUGCCUAUACUGUAAAGUCUGUGCGUGUUUCAAACCUGUUGUACAGCAAAUAAAAUAAAAUAAAAAUAACCUACUCAUUGUAUUAAAUGAAUAGGCCUCUAAUGUUUUGACUAUAGGAAGCAGUCUGUUGUUAGCACAGUAUCUAUUUUUUUAUUUUGGAAAUUUUGUCAAAGGCAUCUGUUUUGCUAUUGUUGCCAACCAAAUAAAGGUGACAAUAACAUUAACUUCACAUGUGAUACUUGGCUGCUCAAUAUAUUUUAAAUAAUUUAGUGCAGUGAACUAAAGUGUUCAUGAGCUUGUGCUCUUACUGAUGCUCUAAGUGCAGAUUUGUAAAAUAAAAAUGCUUUUGCAACACAAUUGCUUUGUUUUAAUGAAGAAGUAAAGUAAUAGUUGUUGUAACAUUUUUAUAGGAUCUAGUUAAGUCCAUCAGUAUUGGAAUUUAGAAAACAUGAGUUCAGUUCCCUCGUUAUUUUGAGGGUGAAAUCAAACAAGCAAGGUCUGCUUGAAUUGCAGAAACAAUUGGAGCAAAUUUGUAUGGAUGCCUUCCACUUUUUAAGAACCAAAAGUAAUGAGAAAAUUUUGAUUCCUCUGUUAUCGGCAGUGCUAAUCCUGACAAGGAUCGCAGGGGUGCUGCAGCCAUUUAUACUCUGCAACACUCCCGGAAAAGGCGGAAGAGAAAGUUUUGUCGAAA